ACCAAAUAUUAUAUAUUUUUCUUGCCGACAUUAUAAAAUAUUUCUUAAAAUACGCUUACAAUCCAAAGGAUGUGACUGUUAAUAACUAUUAACAUCUAUACGCCAUGUCUGCAAAUGGAAACGGCGGUAAUUAUGCACCGCUGAAACAGAUUUUAUCGGAGUCCGACUCGGAAGAUGAUCAUAGGUUGGAAAAUAAUGUUCAUAUGAAAACAACGGACAGCUGUAACAAUUUAGACUUUAACAGCGGUCUGCAGUCCUCAAAGAAUUACAGUAUGAGUGAUAUGGACGAGUUUAACACUAAUCUUAAUACAGUUGAAAGCACAAUGGACAACGUAAGUUUCUUGCAGUCGGAUGCCUCUAAUAAAAUGUCAUUCCCGCGUUGCUGCGCCUUCAUCACGUCAAUACUCGUUUGUAUUUUUACUGUAGUUAUAUUUCUGUGGGGUAUUCCUUGCUCCGAAGUCGGUGAAUGCGCGCGUGAGGAGUGGCAGGACAAAACUACUAGUUGGGAAUUGCCGUACGACGAAAUCGAAUUGUCAGGCGCCGUGCAAGUUGUAGAAGGUGCUAUAGCGAACACAAAGAAUUUAAUAUUCAUAUACCGCGGCAACCAUAUGAAGCAGGAAAAUGGCAACAAUGACAAUGUGAAUGGUGUAUUGCUUAUAGUCGGGAACUCUGGUAAAGUUGGUUGGUACACAAGAGAGAAUAGAAUCCCUACAGAAAUUAAAUGUCAUAUUUUAGAUGUUAAUCGUGACGGUCAGAUGGACUGCUUGGUUUCUGGAUCUGAGGGCUUGCUUGCAGCAUUGAAUCCUUUGUCAGGGACUUAUUACUGGUAUAUUCACAAACAUGGGAAAGUGUUCAGUAAUAUAGCUGCAAUAGAUUUCCCCACUCUUGUAAAGGAUAUGGAUAGAGACAAAGUAACAGAUCUUCUAACAGUUGCAACUGUUUAUCCGAACACAAAUCACAACUCAUUGUUAAUGAUCUCUGGUGCAACGGGAAAUAUAAUUGGAGAGCCAGUAACUAUGGAUGAUUGCUUAUCUGUCAAGUUACUCUCUGAAUCUGAAACAGUUCAUUUGAACUUACCUUAUCUCUGCAAGAACAGUACCACUGAAGCUGUAAGGUUAUUAUCACUUCGUACAAUCAACAGAAAAGCAUUUAAAUCAGAUCAGACUGUGAAUCAUACCGUAGCAGCUUCAAUCACAAAGAAACUUAAUCUUAGCUUGAAGAAAAAUAUUGGUAACACAAGGCACAUGUUCACAAACGGUCCUGGGAGACUUAUAGUGGAAAAUUCUGGUGAAUGUCCAUAUUCAUGUCGUGUUACAUUAAAAUUAUUGCUCGACAGAAAUGGCACAACCAAUGUCAGUUGGCAGUACUCUGCUAACCAUGUGUUUGCUAUGAAACCUAGCAGCUUUGCAUUUGCAAAUUCCAUUCGUGGAUUUGUUUUAAAAUUAUGACAGUGGAACAGUGCACACUUGGCUAAAGGUGCACUGAAAAUUGAUGAAGUCAAAUAUAAUGUACAAAAUCAAAGCCCAAAGAAUUACGAUAUAUUUUACUAUAGGCCUACUAUAAAUGUAGCAUCUAUAUCUUCCUUUAUAAAAUAUGCAAAUUUUACAGCUCAUGAUAUAUCAGAAAGGAUUGUUCUGGUGUCAUUUGAUAAA